CAGUGCUACUAGGCGGAAAAUAAGCCAAAAAGAGGAACAUAAAUUAAAUACUGAAUGAGAUUCGUAAGAAAGUAAUCUUUGAUCUGAAUAUUGAAAAGAUGAUAUUCUCGGGCUUGCCCAAGAAAUUGUCAUACGAAGAUGAUGAGUAUUUGUUUUAUUUGAUGGCUUCAUGUAUGGUUGGAUUUGCUUUGUUCAUCAAAUUGACGAAGCAAGAAGUAUAUAGAUUUGCAGGCACUGUUGUUUCAAGUGUGAUUGGAUUAUUUUUGUUCAUCAAACUGCACACCGAAAAAGAAGCGUCAGCGCUGACUUUUACUUUUGCAGUGUGUGGAUUCGUUGAGCUCAUCAACCUUACUCGGAAAGAGUUUUCUUGGCCAACACAGAGGAGUUCGUGUGACAUUCUUGGUUUGGGCUUCCACCACGGUGUACUCCUUCUACUCCGAUAAAGCUUCGAAAGGGACACCAGACGCAUACAGCGUGGUCUCCUGUUUUGCCUUUGCUAUCAUGUCGUUUUGCUGUGGAUUCGAGGAAUUGCUGUAUUUCUUCUGUGGAGUUCUUACAGCGCAGUUGAUGAAAACAAAGAUGUUGUUAGGUGUUAUGGGAAUAAGUUUCAGUUAUUUCCUAAUUGCCACUGAUAGCAAUCUGAUUGACGAACUAAAACUCCUUGCACUCCCACCGCCCAAGCAAGAGCUGUGGAGAUUACUGGGGUUUGCUUCUACUAUAAUUGAUUCUCUCUCCACCGCUCUCAGCCUCCCCGAUCAUUUAAUCUUUGACUCCUUAAAGAUCCUUAUAUGCGGUGCAAGCAUUCCUAUGCUCUCUGGGAUCCUACUCUAUAUGUUAAGCAUUUCGAGGCAAUCCUACUCAUUGAUAAUCCAUAUCAAGGCUCAUACAACAAUCAUAAUGAUAAUUUGGACUGUUGAAAGUGUUCUCUACCCGUUCUUAUUAGACGAUAUAAAGAAUGGAGAUGUAUACAAGUUGUUUUCUUGGGGUUCCCUUGCUGUGAUGCAACAUGCCAUUCCAAUGCCCACAAUAUACCGAAUUUGCUGCUUCUAUGUAUUUAUCCAUGCUUUUAUUGUAAAACCAAUGGGCAUAAAUUCCCUCUUAAACUCUCUUGUAACUGCUUUUGCUCUUUUUCACGUACUUUUCGGUAUUUAUCUAAACUAUAAUAAUAAACCUCCACCUCAAAAUCUUGGAACUGUUGAAGAAGCUUCAGCACAUUCUACUGGUGAAGAUCAACCACAAGUUGUCUCUUCUGCGGUAGCUUCUCCGCAAGCCAGUCAUGAAGAUCAACCACUGCAAAUAGUCAUAGAGGAAGCUUCCCCACAAUCUACUGCAACUGCUUAAUAUAUAUAUAAUUAAUUGUAUAUCAUCUAUCAUGCUUUUUUUUUAUAGGAAGAUGAGUUUAGUCAACAAUACAAUUAUGUAUAUAGUAAUUUCCUUUUGUGAUUUUUAUAAUUUUUGUAGGAGUGUAUUGUCUUUUUACUUUA